CCAGGUGAGUGCGCGCACGUCACGAACGCUUCCAAAUUCAAAAUUCGAAUCGCGAAUCCCGCGCGCGAUAACUUUUACUUUCCUUUUUUUAAUAUUACGUCACAGUCGUGUUACGUUUAGUAAUCGCCGGUCGUUCUGACGCAAGUGAUUCUAGUGCAAGUGAAGUGAUCCUUACAAGUUUGUGAUUGUUCUAAAAUGGGAUUGUGAUUGGUCAAUCAAGGAGCAAAGGAAAAUAUUGUAAGUGCGACCACGAUGCCGUCUGACGUGGCGGGAGGGUGCGUGAACAAGGCGUUCGAAGGCGCUGAUGAUGGCUUCCACACCAUAGACUUGCGGACUGGCCGGCGGGACGAUGAUCACCAGACUAGAACGCAGGCCUCAACAGAAGCUGAACAUGUGUCUCCGAAGCAAACAGCUCAUGAUGAGGAGCACUCCCUCAAGUGCGGGUGGGGCAUGUUCCGACCCUCGUGGCUGCAGCGGUUUAGGACUGCCAAGUGGGCGCUGUUCUGGCUCUGCUGGGCUGGCGCCAUACAAGGUAUGGUGGUAAAUGGCUUCGUGAAUGUGGUGAUUACCACCAUAGAGAAGAGGUUCGGUCUGAGAUCCAUGCAGACUGGAGUCAUAGCUGGAGGUUAUGACAUGGCAUCAUUCGCAUGUCUGGCUCCAGUCACGUACCUGGGAGGUCGCUCCGGGUCUUCCAAGCCCCGCUGGCUGGGGCUAGGAGUACUCCUCAUGGGCACAGGGUCCUUACUCUUCGCUCUGCCACAUUUUCUCGUGCCUAAUUACAAGAUAGCCGGAAAUGAACCUGCUGAUCUAUGUACUCCUAAUAGGACGUUGACAGACAGUUGUGAGGGUAAUGUGCCGUCGGAGGGCGGCGCGUGGGCAGUUGCAGUGUUCGUGUUCGCGCAACUGUUGCACGGCGCGGGCGCUACACCGCUAUUCACCCUCGGCGUCACCUACAUAGACGAGAACGUGUCUAAGAAGAUGUCUUCUGUUUAUUUAGGUGUAUACUACACAAUGGCGGUGGUGGGCCCAGCUAUGGGCUAUGUGAUCGGUGGACAGAUGCUCACCAUUUACACAGACUUCCUCACUGUCGAUUCCGACGCGUUAGGCGUAACUCCUGUCAGCUCAGUGUGGAUUGGUGCCUGGUGGAUAGGGUUCAUUCUGUCCGCCAUCCUGUGCCUCAUCGUGGCGAUACCGUUGAUGGCCUUCCCUCAUGAACUGCCUGGUGCAGCAGAGAUUAGAGCGUCGAAGGUAUCUGAAGCUCAUGAAGGAGCUGCCUCUAAAUCAGCAGCAUUUAGCGCCCUGCACGAGUUGCCUCGUGCUGCAGCUGCUUUGCUCCGAAACCCCACCUUCCUCUUCCUCAAUCUGGCAGGUGCCACUGAAGGCAUGCUUAUAUCAGGGUUCGCUGCAUUCUUGCCAAAACUGAUCGAGAACCAAUUUGCUGUCAACGCCUCAGAAGCUGCUUUACUUUUGGGAGUGAUCACAGUACCAGCAGGUGGAGGUGGUACAUUCCUCGGAGGAUGGCUGGUGAAGCGCUGGCAGCUGGCAUGCGCCGGUAUCAUCAAGCUGUGUGUGGCAGCCACUGUGGUGGCCGCUGCCUUCACCUUCGGCUUCGUGCUCACUUGUGACGACUACCCUUUCGCUGGAGUCACCGUUAUGUAUAAUAGUCCUGCAGUGCCAGGCGCGGACAGUCUCACAGCAAUGUGCAACACGGACUGUUCGUGUAUCAACGCCCCGUACUCCCCCGUGUGCGGAGCUGACGGCAACGUGUACUACUCAGCUUGCCACGCUGGCUGCACCAGGCAGACACUCGCGGGAGCCGCCCAGCUAUUCCACCAGUGUUCCUGUGUGCUCACUAAAGAAAAUAUGACGCUACCGACGUAUGAACUUGAAGGAGAAGCUAACUCCACAAUAUCCUACGAGGCCAUCAACAGCAUCUGUUCAACGGACUGUCCACUCCUCUGGGUGUUCGUGUGCAUGUCGUUCGGAGUCAUGCUGUUCACGUUCCUGGCUACCAUGCCUGCGUUGUCAGCCACCUUGAGGUGUGUUCGAGAGGACCAGCGUUCCUUCGCAUUAGGCAUCCAGUGGAUAAAAGUCCGUCUGCUGGGUACAAUUCCUGCACCUCUGCUGUUUGGGUUCCUCAUCGACCUGUCAUGUUCCCUGUGGUCUACCUCUUGUAACAAGACUGGCGCUUGCUUGCAGUAUGACAAUAUUAAUAUGAGCAGGUACAUGCUAGGUAUAGCACUGGUGGGCAAGCUCUGUUCUCUACUGUUCUUCUUCCUAGCGUGGUGGUUCUACCGUCCACCGGGCAGUAAGAAUGGGAACGCCGUAGUUCCCUCAGUAGACCUAGUGGUCUGCGCCGAGAAGACCAAUGGAAACGUCACGAAUGUAGCCAACGGGACAUUGGAGAGAGGCAGUAAUGGCUACUGCAAUGCAGCUUUAGAAUGUAGUGACCAUUUGUAAGGUAGUUGUUAAAGACUUUGUUGUAUUAUACCGGGUGCCGAAGUUAUGACCGUUCCUUUUGUAUGAAUAAUUUUGGUUCAGUGAGUACGGGUUACGCAGGACCGGCUGCGAGUAGAGGCUAAUUCACGAAGGCCAUAAAGUGAUGAAUUCAGAUGUUUUCCUAUGAACAAUCUCGAAUGUUACUAAUCGAUCGAUCGUGAAGUCAAGACGUGACUGUAUGAACAUUUUACUUUAUAAAAUGGUUCAGUACGUGGUUAUCCUGCCUAGGACACUAGGUAGUACGAGUAGUACCUAAACACACAUAACAAAUUUUAUUUUAUCUGUUUUAUAAAACUAAUUACUUAGUUGUAUGGAUUAUAUGAGCUGAUUAUUCCAAUGCAAUGAAUCAAAACGGUCCUGUGGUUAAUGUUAAAUAGGUAAUAAUAAUAAUUAUACAUUAAUUGAAAUUAUUGUUUACAUUCCAAAAUGAUAAUAGUUCUGUUGUAAAAUAUCUGUGAUGUAAUAGUUUGUAGAUAAUUGUAAGUAUAUCGCCGAUAUUAGGUCUUCGUAAUAUAUUUUAGAUCUGUACACCUACUUAAGUAUUAGUUGUAUUUGGGGUACACGCUUUAUAUUAACCAUUCAUUCAAAAAUUCGACAUUAUGAUACGGGUCCGGGUAUUGACAUAUCACACUCGUAGGUCAGCCAAUCAUAUUUUGACAUUAUAAAAUGUGACCAAUCAACGACGCGCUGCGUUUCGUUUUGUAAAGAUGUUUUCAGUUGUGUUUAUUUAAAAAAAGAAAUAUUUAUUAACUCAGUAAAUACCUUCCCUUUACUCAUUUUGUUUGUUAAUGGAUUUUAAUAUUUUUAAACACUUUUGAUGCGAUUAGGUAUGCCUAUACCUAAUUGUAGAUAGCAAAUUAAAUACAGAAAUCUAUAUCCACAGUGUCUUUACUAUUUUAAGCUUUAUGUACCCCAAUAUAGAGUGUAUUUAUCAAUAAGUAGAGUACAAUUCGGGAAGGCACAAUUUUUAAAUACUUUUUAACAUUUUUGAAUUUCAAAUUAACGGUUAAGUCACCCGUGUACAUAGUUCUAACUUAUUUGUUGUUAAUGCAAAUCAAUAGUUGUUAAAAUUGUAUUUUGGUUGAAGACUGAUUGUUUAAUAAUAAUUAUUAAAAUAAAUGUUAAGGUGUAUGUGUAACUUUAUCCUUUAUAAUGGCUGUAGGUACUAACUUUCAACGAAUUAAAGCCUUGUGAACUUGUGGAAUCAAGUUUAUCAACUUACACUAUUAAAACCACAUUUAAGAUAAAACUCGGAAUAUCGAAAGCAUGUUCACAAUUCUUUAGUCCAAGAAAGUUGGUGAAUGUGUGUAGAUAUUGGAUAUUUUUGAUAGGUUUGUGGACAGUCAAGUAGGAAUAAAUAACAGUAAGUCACAUUGGCCUAAUAUUAUUGAGCUGUCUCGAUCAAUAUCGGACCACCAAUUUCAAUUUCGGAUCAACUACCUACCACAGUAAUAAAAACUAGAUUAUAUGUAUAAAAAUACAAUUUGUAAAGUUUUUACAUAAUUAGGUAGUUUUUCUAAGUACUUUGUAUCAUAUUAUUGUAGGUGAUCAAUUUUGAAACUGUACAAUUUUACACGGAUUGAUUGAAAUAAAAUAAAAUAAAUAAAAAGUG